GGAUUCCCAUUUCGGAAACUGCAAAUCCAGUGCCCGGCACACCCGAUUCACGCUAGCCAUGGCGACCACAGAUGAGGGCGGCUCUACUUUGGGGGAUGAGACCUCAGAGAGCCGGAAAGGCUGGGCGGAAGCCAGUGCCUGCGCCUACUGCGGCAGCGCCUUUUCCAAGCGCUACCUGAAUCCCAGGACAGCGCAACCUAGCCAUCAAGUGCGAGAGACUCUCCAUGGCAGGCACCAUUGCCGCGUAUGCGGAAAUAGCGUGUGCUCCAACUGCUCUCCAAGCAGCAUCAAGCUGGAGGGCGAGAAAGCAUUGCAAAGGGUGUGCACGCCCUGUGUUGCCAACGUGCAGUUGGCGCCCUCCUUUCAGGAGCGGCUGACUCACUUGGGCAGCAGCUUGAGAGCCAUCAGCUCUGGUGAGGUCUUGGAAGAGCCGAAGAGCCUUGAGGAGUCAAUUCACCUUUGCGAGUCCCUGGUGACUUCUCUGGAGGACCUUCGGGACGGGCACCAAGCACAGAAGAGCCAAUUGGAGGGAUCCAAGCUGAAGCUGGAUGCGGCAUCAGCCAAGCUCGCCGGCACUGUGGAGGAGCGGGACCAGCUUCUGAAGGAGCUCACGGAUGUGCGGGCAAAUCUGUCCGCACGAGAAGGUCAUAUCAGCCACCUGGAGGAGGAGCAAGCUGCACUGAAGGCAUCUCUGGCGGAGCAGAAGGAACGCGUCUCGGAAUUCGAGCAGCGCCGGGAGGAGUUGGAGGGCAAGCUGUCAGCCCUCCAGCAGGAGCUCGGAGAGGCGCGGCUGAAAGUGAUCGAGGAGGAAGCGCGGCGCAGUGCCCUGGAAGCGGCGCUCGAGGUCAAGGAUGUGGAGCACUUGGAGCUGCAACAAGCUCACGCAUCCCUCGGGGAGGAGAACCGCAAUCUGCAAGAGAAAGCAGACGCUGCCGCUCGUGAAUCAAGCGAGGCCUCCCAGCGUGCCGCGGACCUGCGGGUAAAGCUCAGCGAGGUGGAGUUCGGCCACCGCAAGGUGACCUCUGGCGUGGCGGCGGCCGAAGCGGCCAAGGAGGCUCAGGCGGCGCUGUCAGCAGCGCAGCAAGAGGCGGCCGAGCAGCGGCGCGGGCGGCGACAUGCGGAGGAGGCCCUGCAGACUGCGCUGACCAGCAGCAAGCGCUUGGGCGAACAGCUGCACGCCUUGGCCGGCGUAGAAGCUCCUUCUCCUGAGACUCUGCCUGAAGCCCUCACAUUCUGCGCCUCUGCCUUGCCCUACCUGCAGGCCCAGGCGCAAGCAGUUUCUCCGGAUCGCCCGGCCAGCAGGAGCAGCGUGAGCCACGUCAGCAUGGACAGGUCGGAGAGUUUGCUCCAGCCGGGCACGUUGGCGCGACCGAGUUGCAUCGAUCGUUGCCAGCAGAGUUGCGCCAUUGCUUGA